AUGGAAUACGUUGGCCAACCUCAACCAGCCUCCAACCCUACCGGGGUACCUCCCGUCCCAGGUCAAGUCCAACAACCCUACGGUCUCACACCAGGACAACCCGCAGAAGCACCCAAAAAACCUCAUCUAUACGUUGGCAACCUCUCAGCAAGGGUAACAGAUUACAUUCUCACCGAAAUCUUCGCCGUGGCAGGUCCAGUAGUUCAAGCUAAAAUCAUUCAAGAUAGAAAUUUCCAACAUGGUGGAAUGAAUUAUGGUUUUGUUGAAUAUGCAGAUAUGAGAUCGGCCGAACAAGCUCUUCAAACUUUGAAUGGUAGAAAGAUCUUCGAUGCUGAAGUAAGAGUCAAUUGGGCUCAUCAAGGAAAUCAAAACAAGGAAGAUACUCAACAUCAUUAUCAUGUUUUCGUCGGAGACUUGUCUCCGGAAGUUAAUGAUGAUGUUCUAGGUAAAGCUUUUGGUGCCUUUGGAAGUAUGUCAGAAGCCAGGGUCAUGUGGGAUAUGAACUCUGGUAAAUCUAGAGGAUACGGUUUCCUAUCGUUCAGAGAAAAAGCCGAUGCUGAACAAGCUAUUGCGACUAUGAAUGGCGAAUGGCUAGGAUCCCGAGCUAUCCGAGUCAACUGGGCCAACCAAAAGACUCAGACUGGAACUGCUACCAACCGAGGACCAGGAGGUAUGGGUUCUAAUGGAGGUAUGGGCGGAUACGGAGGUGGAAUGGGAGGUGGUUCACCAGCACCUUCAAAUUUCGGUUCUACAGCUCUCCAAUAUGAUUCAGUUGCCCAACAAACUCCGGAAUACAAUACCACCGUAUACGUCGGAAACCUUAUCCCUUACACUACUCAAGCGGAUUUGAUCCCUCUGUUCCAAGGUUAUGGGUAUAUUGUGGAGAUUAGGAUGCAAGCCGAUAGAGGAUUCGCAUUUGUCAAACUUGAUACCCACCAAAAUGCCGCUUUGGCCAUUACCCACCUCCAAAAUCAAUUGGUACAUGGUAGACCGAUCAAGUGCUCUUGGGGUAAGGAUAAAGGUGCGGAUGGGGCGCAAGGUGGUCAAGGUGGUCAUCAACCUUAUCCCAUGCAACACCAACAAAUGGGUUACCCUAACCAAUACAACUACUACGGAGGGUACAACUACGGACAAACGGGUGUCCCAGGUCAACCAGGUCAACCCGGUGGACAUCAUACCCCCCAACAUGCCCAUGGCCACGGUCAAGUAGGUCAAACGGGAGUACCUGGUGUACCGGGUCAAGAAGGUGCUCAACAACCUGCUGCCGCUCAAGGUCAAUGGGAUCCUGCGGCUGCCGCGGCAUAUUACCAAACUGGUGGAUGGGGCAAUUACUACUCUCAAGGUCAAGAUGGUGCUCAGAACCAAACUCAAACUCAUUAG